AUGUAUCCUCAUCUAGUCCUCGUAUUAGCAACACUACUCUGGCUGCCCUUUCACCCUCUUACGACUACUGCGCUAGCUGUCGCUCGUCACGGACCGAUCGCCACGGCUUCCAAUCAAACUCAAGGCAAAUCAAACCUCAAACUCACACCCUCUGCAGGUUUUCCCAACAAGACUCUCGCGCCUUCGCGAAACUUCAUUUCAUACCACGUCCCCCACUCACCCACGACCCUCCAAUUCCACAGCUUCGGUUCCUCGAUCCCUGUCGAUGAAUUACUCCAGACUGUCGCCUUAGCUGUAGGCGUCAUUUUCAAAUACAUAAGCAAAGGGGAAGGCAGGACACCCAUCGCCACAGGUGUCUUCGUCUUCACACACGAGUUCCUGAAUCAUGACGCGAUUGAAAUUAUCGUUGGCGAUUUUCGGGAGAUCGGUCGGCCAAUGACUUAUCACGCCUUGUUCGAUGUGGUGAGAGGAGUUGGCGAGUUCAUGAUAAUGCCAGGGCGCAAGACUCAGGAAGUGGAGUUUGAGGCGGAGAUCCAGGGGCUUGGGUAUGUGGGGACUGGACACGUCGAUUACAAGCCAGCUGAAGUAUCGACUUCUUGA